ACGGUUGUCUCGCACGAUCAGCGCCGUGACUCAACUUCCUCCCUCCACCCGCGCACACGAACCGUAGGAGCGUCGGAGUUUUAACGACCUGAAUCAAUGCGUCGUUGUACUUUGGCCACAAGGGGGAGCUGUUAUCUACCACGUGAGAACAAUGACGCCGGUUUCUGCGAGCGGAGGACGAAAAGAAUCACAAAGAGGAAGGGACAAAUGGAUGGCAAAGACAAUUGAUAUUGGCAGCAUACUGGAACUGACAGAGAUGUUACCACUACUGCAGACCAAUGUGUUUAAUAGAUCAAUAAAUGGACGUUACUGUUCGAGGGAAGACAAUCGGUAUAAUACUCAAGGCAAUUGCGAGUGGCAGCCAACACCGCCAGUCUGCGCUGGUGCAGUGUCAGGAGCCAAUUGUGUCAUUGUGAGAAGGGUGUGCUGGAUCUGACCCUGCCCCACAACAAGACAUGCAAGUGUGAAAUCCAGUUGAGAGGUAAGCAGCUGAUGAAGCCACACAACAAAAGCAAUAUCAUCUCUCCCCCUUUCUCCAAAAUCUCUUUUUAUCCAUCUUUCUCCUCCGUUCUUUGCAUCCGUCGCCUCAUUCACUGGGCUGUUUUCACAACUUCUCAACAAUAGAUGGGUGCAAAUUUGAAAUAAAAUAUAAUUUUUUGAUGCAGUUGAUUUAAAAGCGUUUGGGGCCGAAUAUCUUAGAGUCUAAUAAGAUUCGGCACAUAGCAGCUUAAUUUAUGUUUCCAUUUUUUCCCCCUGUUGCUUAAUGUGUAUGGGGGCAAUUAGGUGCUCAUCACUCAUGCCUGUUGGGUAUGUUACCAUAGCUACGAUACGAUUGUGCAGACAAUCAUCUGCUCCCAGUUUCCUCCAAUAGGGUCGCGCGGCUGGAGCUGCAAUAUAAAGUAAAGAUGCUCAUCUUUCAGCAACAGACUUGUAAGAAUGCGAAACAGGUUCACGAGUGUGAAAAAGUAUUGCAGAGUGGCAGGCAGGGGACUGCGCCCAGUCAUGGCGGACAACAGAAACAAGAUCCGACGAGCCACACAGCAGGAGAGGAAGCUUGGAACAGGACAACAGCCAAGGCAGCAUGUUCAAGCUGCCCCCCUGCUGGGCGGCCCAUGAGCCCGUCGAUAUUGUGGUUUGAUGUUGGAUGGAGAAUAAAAGCCCCCCACAACAAACAGAGAGGACUGGAACAGAGAGACUGGAACAGAGGAAGAGAGGGCAGAAAGGGAAGAGCCAUCGACAGAUGGACUCUGUUGUGAUUAAAGAUGGCGGCGGUCUCGACUGCAGACUGCGAAGGACUAUGCCCGAUCCGUAGACGAGCGGUGGGAGCAGUCUGCGACUCGGCACAACAAAACCAAGAAGCACACAGUGAGGAACAAAUGGAUGGCAAAGACAAACUAUUAUGGCGACACUCUGCUUUGGCCAGGCAUUUCCAUUCCAUGGAGAUGACAGGGAUUUUACCAUUACUGCGGACCGCUGUGUUUAAUAACUGCGCAAUGGAAUCCUCAAGGAAUGGACGUACUGCUGGAGGAUGCGUGAGGAAGACAAUCAGACUCAAGGAGCUGUUUUGCCGUGACGUAUGUAGAGGUCUGGAUCUAAUAGAUGUGCAGCGUGGGCUCUACGGGGACGUGGUUUAUGGAUGCCGGGACUAUGAGCGCAAGCGACAAAAGGGGUUACCUGGCAGACCUGGGAGGCAGCUUCACUGAGGAUGCUCCGAGGCCUCCAGUCCCCGGGGAGGAAGGUGAGCUGGUGUGCAGUGACGGACGCCAAUGCAGCAACCUUGGCUUCUCCUCAAAGAACGAGAGCCUCAAAUGCGAGGCGUCUGUGGCUACGCCCAGGCGACCCGACUUGGACCUGGGUUACGAGCCGGAGGGCAGUGCCUCUCCGACGCCGCCUUACUUAAAGUGGGCCGAGUCUCUCCACUCCCUCCUGGAUGACCAGGAUGGCAUCCAUCUGUUCAGGAUGUUCCUCAAGCAGGAGGAGUGUGCGGACAUGCUGGACUUCUGGUUUGCAUGCAGCGGCUUCCGCAAACUGGAAGCCAACGAGGGUAACGAGGAGAAGAAGGUUAAACUGGCAAAAGCUAUCUAUAAGAAGUUCAUCUUGGACAACAAUGGGAUUGUUUCCAGACAGAUCAAACCGGCGACCAAGUCCUUCAUCAAAGACUGCGUGAUGAAGCUUCACAUUGACCCUGCGAUGUUUGACCAGGCUCAGACUGAGAUACAGACCAUCAUGGAGGACAACACCUACCCACUAUUCCUCAAGUCUGACAUUUAUUUGGAAUAUACACGGACAGGAGGAGAGAGCCCUAAGCUGUACAGCGACCAGAGCUCUGUUUCCGGGAACGGCAAAGGACUGUCGGGUUAUUUGCCGACCUUAAACGAGGACGAGGAAUGGAGAUGUGACCACGAGUCGGAGGAGCCACCGCCGUGCGACCCCACGCCGAGCAACCGGCUCACCCAGAAGCUGCUACUGGAGACGGCACCGCAGCGAGUGGCCAACAGUGCAAGAUUCCAGGACAGUCACGAGCACAGGCCCGCACCGUGUCGGGAGCCCGUCAACCCGUACUACGUCAACGCCGGCUACGCUCUGGCUCCUGCCACCAGCGCCAACGACAGUGAGCAGCAGAGCAUGUCCAGCGACGCCGACACCGUUUCCCUCACCGACAGCAGUGUAGAUGGGGUUCCGCCCUACAGACACCGCAAACAGCAUCGCCGGGAGAUGCACGAAAGUGCCAAAGCAAACGGGCGAGUGCCACUACCUCUUAUUCCACUCACAAACCGGAUUCCAAAGGACAUCCACGUGGAGCCGGAAAGGUUUGCCGCGGACCUCAUCAGCAGACUGGAGGGCGUGCUAAGGGAGAGAGAGGCUCAGGAGAAACUAGAGGAGCGACUGAAGAGAGUUCGAUUGGAAGAGGAUGGCGAUGAUGUCAUCACGUCCACAGCCACAUCAUUAGCUGCUCACAGGUUCCCCCCUGGUGCUCAUCCGCAGCACUACAACUCCCGCUACGCUGACGCCUCCUACAGCGGUGCUUUCCUGAGAGACGCCCACGAGGAGAACCCCGAGAGCAUCCUGGACGACCACGUGCAGCGGGUCAUGAAGACUCCCGGCUGCCAGUCGCCCGGGGCGGGGCGCCACUCGCCCAAGGCGCGCUCGCCCGACGGUUUCCCAGGGGGAAAAGGGACGGGACUCGGGAUGCCUCUGUCAUCGGCGCAAGGCAAACACCCAUCCAGGCAUGGCCUGAAGGGAGACCCCAGCCACCUGUACCACCACAAACACGCACAUCACGUCCACCACGCAGGCACCGGGAAGCCCAAAGAGCAGGUGGAGGCCGAGGCAGCCGUGCGUGCGCAUGGCGGCCUCCCCUGGGGCGCGGAGACGAGUCAUUACGGGUCGAGGUCUCGCACCUACGCAGACGGCAUGGGAUCCAACCCCAUGGAGCAUACAGGCAAAGCUGGCACACAGUGUAAAAGAGUGUACAAGAAAGGUGAGGACGUGCGGCCUCAUGACAUGCUGGGGCCUGGAGAAGAGCUGGAGAAAAACCAGAAGAUCCUUUUGUGGCUGAUGGAGGGACAGAAGGAAAUGGUUCAACAUAAGAGAAGCCCGUACGGUAGCACCACUGGGUCCAAGAGGACCACGGGCCACGAGGGCUCCCGUCUCAGCUCGGUGGACAGAUCGGGCCCGGUGUACCCGUGCGUCAGCUCCCAGCUGAGGAACAGCGUGCAGCCCUCGCACCCUUUCGUCCAGGAUCCCACCAUGCCCCCCAACCCGGCUCCCAGCCCCCUCAUCCAGCUGGAGGAGGUUUGCCGGCGGCUUGAAGAGGAGAAGAUUAAGUCUGGAACUUUACAGCCCAAGCAACGGUAUGUGAUGGAGGUGAUCCAGAGGGGUCGCACCGCAGUCCGGACCGCACUGUUCCCUCCGCUCAGCGUGGUGCCGGCCGUUUCUGACAGCGAGCUCUCCGAGCCCGAACAUAAAGCCACUAAAAAGCAGCCGUGUGAAAACACAGUUGUGGCGUAUUACUUCUGCGAGGAGCAGAUCCCGUACAGGACGUCUGUCAAGGGGAGGGUCGUCACUCUGGGCCAGUUCAAAGAACUGCUGACAAAGAAAGGAACUUACAGGUAUUACUUCAAGAAGGUGAGCGACGAGUUUGACUGCGGCGUGGUGUUCGAAGAGGUUCGUGAAGAUGACGCCGUCUUGCCCGUCUUCGAGGAGAAGAUAAUCGGGAAAGUCGAAAAAAUCGAUUGAGGAAGUGGAACGGGGGCCGGCGUGCGCGAUACGGCCGAGGAGCGACUGGAUGGUGAAGAGGAAGUGUUUUCCGGAGGAGCAGGAAAGAAAUUGGUACAGUAGAAGAGAUGAAGGGGCGGUGACGUCGGACUAGAGAAAAACCCAUUCACUUCUUUGGGUGCUGAUGCAGACUUUGUAAAGUAAAAUAGAUGAAUGAAGAACAAAAGUGCUACUGAAGCUCAACAUAUUUUUGAUAUUAUGUAUCGGAGGGAGAUACGGCGUCCUUUCUUAAGUAAUCACACGUAAUUUUUUUACAUGUACUGGUACCAGAUGUGUACAGUUUGUGUUAAAUGAUAACAAAAUUUUAUAUCUAUUUAAGUAUUUAAAAAAAAAGAGCUCAUUUUCAAGCCUAUUGAUGCAGGAGUGUGUCGAAGACUAUCAAAAUCCUGUAUAGGGCUGGUUUGUUUGUUUGCUUGUUUGCUUGUUUGCUUGUUUCUCAUUCAUCGGAAAGGUCCUCUGGACUUCAUAGUGCUUUAUAUAGUUAUUAUUUGUGGCAUUCAGUCAGGCUGCACUUUCAUUGUAUUUAUAAACCACUGACUUAUGUCUCCGUUUUGGCUGCAACGUGAUUUUCUGAAGCACUAAACACUGAGUGACCAGAAAAAUUAAAAUAUCGUACAAGUUGUUUUUAUUUUUCUGGUACUUAAUGUACACUGCACUUAAAGGAAGUUUUUAACUCGACCCAGCUGAAGCUGAAGUUUGAAAGAAAAUUGCCUUCAAAUAAUACGCGCAGAUGCAAUUAUACUUUUUAAAAAUUAUAUGAUUGGAAAGCGCAAGGUAUAUCUAUAAUAUCUAUGCAAGUUUGUAAUUUUGUUGCCCUAAUCGAAAAAUCUACAUUUGAGAUUCUUAUUGUUCAUUGAUAAACAUUUGAAAGUUGAAUGCAAAAGUUCAGGCAAAUCACAUAUUAUGCUGAUUGUAAGUGAAAAGUUAAUACAAUCCUUCCAAUACAAAAGAAUUUUUAAAAUUAGUUUUCUAAUUGUUAAUGCGCUCUUACUUUUUUUUUGUGGUAAUUGUUUGGCCAGCCUCCGACUUCUACUAGUCUUUGAAAAUGUGCGGGUGAUUUGAAACAUGCCUUGUGUGCGUGUGAAAGACGAAGAACUUGAAGUGAUGUGCAUGAGCAAAGGUGGGAAAAUUCCUAAAUUGAGAAUAGAAAGUCUCUUAGUGAUGUUACCCGUGACACCAAAGCUCCGAGAUGUGUUUUGGACAAAAAAAGUUAGGAGCUACAGUAAAUCUGUAAACCCACCUAGAUUCUCUUUAAUCAUGUGCAUGAGUUGUAUUCAUUUACAAACAGGAACAUUGUCCAAAUCCACAAUGAUGAUGUUAUCUUUAAUGUUUCUUGGAAUACGCAAUGGAACAGAUUUUUUUUCUUUAUUAUUUAUUAAUAAUUCUUAUCCAUCCAUUCAUUAAUUUUUGCGUCAAGAUUCAUGUGUUGGCCGGUGGUGAAACAUUUUGGCGACACGGCGCUUUCCCUCACUCUCACCAACAGAGGUCGUCAUCGAGCAGCCUCGGUUGUGUCCGCCAGGGAGGUUUUUGUGAUUGGUUUGUUUUGUUUGCCAAUUAUUUAUGGAUGGAUUUGCUUGAAAGUGAUAGGUUGGCCAUGGUAACACGUGAUUUCAUUUCGGGAAGGGACCAGAUCUGGAUCCAGGAAAUUUGUGAAGUAUUCUUCACCAUUUAAAACUUUCCAUUUUGAGUCAUAUCUAGUUUUAUUUUUUUCCCAGCUUCGACAUCCAUACACACCGAUUUCUUCUCCUCCUAUCCCCAAGACUUAGACCACGACAAACCUUUACGGCCUAGUCGACAGGUCAGUUUACAAAAGGGCUGCGCCGAGAACUGAUUUAAUCUAAUCUGUAGCGUUCUCCAGUUCAUCACGGCUCCAUCUUGUGCCUGACCAGGACGAAUUGUUUAGUGCAAAUGACCUUCUGGUAGAUCACGUUACACCAAAGAGAGAGAGAGAGAGAAAAAGCAAGAUGGUAGGACCAGUUUUGAAUUACCCCUUCACACAAAACUUCAUUUUGUGUGAAGCACUUAUGAUUUGCUAUCCUUGUUACAAUUAAUUAUUAUUAAACAUUUUAUAUGAUCUCACAUUUUUGAUGCAUCUUGAUACCAACGUUCGGAUGAAACGUACUCGCAGGACACUUGGAUCUUGUAGUUAUUAUUACAUUCCUGAAAAAAAAGAAAAUGAAAACACUGGAAUAGAAACGAAACUGAAGGCAAAGGCACCGAGUUGCUGGGGGAAGCUACGUGACAUUGAGAUUCAAGGCUGUCGUUUUUCUUUUCUUUUUUUCCCCUCUGCACCUCAUCAUUGUGCUGGAAUCCACAGAGAGGAAUGAGAGUGGAAUGAAAGAUGAGAGAGAGCCUUCAAUCCAGACUGCUGCAUUCUACUUGUUGUUGCAUAGAAACCCAGUGUGGGGGAAAAUCUUUAUUCUUAAAGUUUGUUUGUUUGUUUGUUUGUUUGUUUGAGAUGCUGCAUCUGAAUUUCCUAACUUAAAUCAGAUUAAUAUAUAUAUAUAUAUAUUAGUGCAUUUGACGAAGUGGAAUACUUUUUCUUAUCUUAAUAGUUAAUUUCUUCGAAAACAUAAAGUGUCAAAUCUGUUAGUGAUUCUUACUGUGAAAGCCCCCGAAAGCGAACCUCCCUUAUUUAAGAUCAAUGACAUGUAUAUAAACAUCAGAGUGCCUUUAUCAAUAAGCUAAUGAUGUCUACAAUUUGACAGAUGUGGGGAUAUAAAUGCCAGGGACUAGCGUUAUAUUAUUUUUUGUUUAGACUUUUCUUUCUUUGUGUGUAUUUUUUUGCAAAGUUGUUUGAUGAUUGUCACUAUCCACACUUUUUUUUUGUUUCUUAUGUAAAUAUGUGUGUAUGUAAUCAUCCAGCAGCCCAGUCAGCACAUCCAUCGACCUGGGACCUUUUUUCUGGUCACUAAACUGGCGUGGUCACCGAUUAAAGGUACCUGGACAAUAAAUACAUGCAAUAAACCAG